AUGUCAAUUAAGAUUUUCUGGUUUUUGAGGUUUCGACUGAAAGAAGAAUGUCUUCGUAAUCAAGAUUCUUCCUUUCCUCUCUCGAAAUUGAAAUCCAAAUCUGACGUAGACGACUACGACUUAAACAAAGCUAAGGAGAGAUUGCACAGUUCUACAGAAAUGAGAAAAAAAGCAGCAUCUACACUUUUAUCCGUACCACAUUGAUUCAUGUACUUUUUUUAAUUAGUUGGAUGAAACUCAUAUCUUGCUUUGAAGUGUCGCGUAUCUACCGUUGAAAACAAACAUUCCUUGAAAUGGAAAUUUUUUUGUCUGCAUUCGUCAUUGAAUAAAUUUUCCCAGAUUCUACACCAAAGUUGAUUCCAGAUGGUAAUUGACAUCGCUAACAUUAAUGCUUUAAAUGCAUGAAUGACUAAGGAAUAAAGUACGAU